AUGCGCUUCACCCCGGUCGUCGCCCUCCUCCCAGCGCUCGCUGUGGCUCAGGAGCAGGUUCCCCUUGCAGACCGUGUCCAGGGCUGGUUCAACAAGGCCAAGUCCUACUUGCCUACUGCCACCCCGGUCGCCCCCGCCGCUGCCGUUGUUGAGAAGGUCGUCGAGAAGACCAAGAUCCAGGAGAAGACCGUCUCCGAGUUCAACAUGACCAACUGGCAGUCCUACCUGGAGCCCGCUUCGGAGCCCCAGGACUGGUUGGUAUACAUCACCGGAGGGAACAAGACUUGCUUCGGUCGCUGUGACAAGGCAGACAAAGCGUUCAAUGAAUCCGUGCUUCUCUUCUCCGCCGAUCCUACCUCCCCUAACCUCGGUAAGCUGGACUGCGAAGAGAACAAGGUCCUUUGCUCUGCUUGGGGUGCCGGUGCUCCUUCGGUCUGGUUCCUCCAGGUGCCUCAGGCCCAGCUUGGUGAGGAGCGCCCCAACACUCCCCUCCACACUGUCUACCUGAAUUCGACCACCGUGACCCCGGAGACCAUCUACAAGGUUCACUCUGAGAAGGUCUGGGAGAAGGCCCCUGCCUACGACGGUCCUCUUCACCCCACGGACGGCUGGCUCGCUCAGAACAACCUUCUGCUCCCUCUUGGAUAUGUCAUCUACGGCUUCAGUGCCAUCCCCAGCUGGCUUUUCAUGAUCGGCAUCAGCUUCUUCAGCCGAGCCGUCGCCUUGGAAACGUCGGCGGCGCGCCCGCUCCUCGUCCGAACUAGACCCGCCUACGUGGUCGCGACCGCCAUCCUCGCCGGCAUAACCGGCUACUUCAUCGGCCAAGGCAGCAGCCUCGGCCUCUUCAGCAACAAAGAAAAAGAAGGCUGGCCGAACAGCUACAACGUGAAACCGCACCUGGACUCGUCGGACGAAGACUACGAAUCCGAAGGAGAAGAAGAAGAGGACAGUGAAGAAGAAGAAGGCGAUGGCACCGAGCUCGCCAACUUCGAUAGCUCCAAUGAAGAAGUGAAAUUGGUGCUUGUCGUGAGGACGGAUUUGGGUAUGACGAAGGGCAAAAUCGCCGCCCAAUGCUCGCACGCUACCCUUGCAUGUUACAAAUACCUGACAGCGUACACGCCGAACAGCGGGAUCCUGCGCCGGUGGGAAUCGCAGGGUCAGGCGAAGAUCGCGCUGCAGGUCAAGUCGGAGGAGGAGAUGGAAGAGAUGCAGGCUAAGGCGAUUAGUUUGGGACUUUGCGCCAGGGUGAUUACGGAUGCUGGACGGACGCAGAUUGCUAGUGGGAGCCGCACGGUGUUGGGAGUUUUGGGUCCCAAGAGUGUGGUGGAUUCGGUGACGGGGCAUUUGAAGUUGUUGUAA